AUGUCCACUUCUUUCAAGGCAACGUCUCUUCCCAGAGCCCAACAGAAUGGAAAGCAGCCAAAGGCACCCCACUCGCACAGGACCCUCUUCGACUACAUCUUCUCCCGCCUCUUAAUCCUCGUCAUAUCCAACUGGCCCUCCUUCAUCGCCAAAGAACUCUCCCUCCUCAAACCCGGCGGCUGGGCCGAGAUCCAAGACCUCGCCUGGGACUGGCUCGACCCAUCCGGCAGCAUUACCAGCUCUUCCUGGCAAUGGCUCGAGCUCAUGAACUCGCGCCUGCACGCCAAGGGGAUGGACACGCAUUGCGGGUCCAAGGCUGCGAAGUGGAUGGAAGCGGCGGGGUUCGAGGAGGUUCAGGUGUCUCGAGCGAGGCGACGACGGAGAUGA